CCAAUCUCUUAUUCCGGCCCUCGUGUGGUGUCGUGCAUAUUUUCAGUGUGGUGGCCUGGUUGCUACUGCAUAUAUCUCUUACCCUUCUCCCGCCUACUACUCGCGUUUACACAUCUGAUCACCAUCCAACACCCGCGGAUCACCACCCUCUUCUCUCCCUCCCAACAGCCACCCAGUCAACAGCCAACAUGCUCGCCAAGACCUUCCUGUUGCUGGCCUCCCUGGCUCUCGUCUCCGCCGCCCCGGCCAAGAGACAAGCCGGCUGCGUCUCCAAACCCACGGCUCCGACCCUCCCCGUCAACGGUAAUGGCGUCGAACUCCCCGCCCCGGCAGCAGACCUGGUCCUCAAGCACAUCGCCCUAGGCCACGGCAUCCAAAACUACACCUGCACCUCCGUCAACGCAACCGCCAUCACCGCAACAGCAACCGGCGCCCUCGCAGGCCUCUACGACGCUCAACCCCUCUACCCCGCCGCCGGUCCCGCCUCCCUCCCCUCCGUCGACAUCUUCAACGGCCUCACCACAAACGCAGUCUGGUCCACCCCUCUUCCCCUCACCUCCGACGGCACCUCCAAAUUCGGCGCCUCCUCCACCUCGCCCUUCCCAGCCACAGCCGACCUCGUCAUGCCCGGCAUCGCGCCCAUGAAGCAGCUCGGCGUCCACUUCUUCGACAACACGGGCGUGCCCACCUUCAAGGUCGGCGAGGAUCUCUUCAGGGGCGCAAAGCUCAACGGCACAAAGGCCCCCGCCUCCGCUGACGUCGGCCCGGAGAAGACCGGCUCCGUCGACUGGCUUUUGCUCGGUGACAAGGGCGGCAGCAAGGGCGUUACUGCCGUCUACCGCGUCGUCACGGCCGGCGGCGUCGCGCACCAGUGCACCACCCCCGGCGCCACCGACAGCGUUCCGUACGCGGCGUACUACUGGUUCUACGGUCCCAAGGCAUGAGGAGGGCCUUUGGUCUCUCUCUCUC